AUGCACUCGGAGCUCCUUCAAGGCUGGAUUGCCGGUGCCUCUAGUGAGCCGCGGCAACUGCAGCAGGCACGCUCUUACCUGUACGAUUUAAAGCUGGAGGACGCGAUUGGGGAGGUUGACGAUGCGACAGAACUCGUGUAUUUCAUGCAUCGUGUCUCAUACCCGGCGGGGAGCCAUCUGGAGACAAGAGUGGGGGAGUUCCUGUCAGAUGUCUCAGAGCAGCUGACAUGCGAGCAUUUGCUGGAACUCGGCAAGCGACUCAGCGAGGAUCCCAACUCCGGCCCGCUGUGGUCACGUGUCAUGUUUGAGCAGCCUUGGUUUGCGGAGCGUGCUGCGGAGUUGCUUGAGGAGCUUACGCUGGACGAGCACUUGAGGUUCUGUGCUGUCUUCUGGCGCUCUCAUCUCUGCACACUUCAGUCACGCACCCCACGGCAUGCAACGCUAGGGUCUGCUGUGGCCGUGUCGCAGCAGCUUGCAUUGUUGACGGCGCAACGCAUCGAGCGGGAAGACGGCGGUCAGGCGGUGAGCCUUUGUGCGACGUUGGGGGUUCCGCUUCACGUGGAAAGUCUCGCUGUGCUGCGAGUGCUCAUCCUUUCCCGCACACGCGACGGCACCCUUGACACGGGUCAAUUGAUAACGGUGGCCGAGGCCCUCGUGGCACACCACUCCACCGACACGGAGUGGACAGAGGCGCUGCAAGAGGCACUUUGUGAGAAACCGCCCGGCGAAGUUGUGGCAGCGCACGCCGUCGCUCUGCUGCGCGCAAUGGCGAGCAUGCGAGCUGGCCCACCCAACACCCUGUUUGAGGAACUGCUGCUGCGUGUUCUCCCUGGCAUGUCGCCAGAGGAGAUGCUAGAAUGUUGCGAGUGCCUUGCCGCCCUGCCGGACGCGGCGCCGCGUCUGCGAAAAGUGCUGCAGAAGCGUCUUCGCUCUAUGGUUUCAUCGCGCAAAGGGGAAAACGAUGACUGUGAGGGCGUCCUGCUGCUGCAGCUGCGUGGUAUGUCGCUUAUUGCACCCACAGAGGCGAGGGCUUUGCUUUUGCAGUACGUGGACCGGCUGAAGGACGUGGAAGGGAUACUGUUGCCAUCCACCACACAAAUCCUUGUGCGGUGCAUGCGGGAUUUGCAGGCAUUUCCCCCGGAGCUCGUGUCGCAUUGCAAAAACUCCUUCCUUAGGAAUACUUUAUUCACAUUUACCCAAGAAGACAGUGCCUACCUGAUGUACGCUGCAGCUCAUGCAGGGGAGCCGGUCGAUGGCGUCUUCUUCAGGGAACUACUGAAUCGUUUUGCCGCCACGCGCAAGUUUGAUCGCCGCAAACACAAGGCGCAACAUGGAAACUUUCUCUCUAUUCCCACUGUGACAAUGGUGUUGAAGUCGUUUACCGUCGCGAAAGGGGGCAAACUCUGCGUGGAGUCAAAGGUGUACGCCAUGCUGCGUGACGCAGUAGAGCAGCAGCAGCGGCGGCCGGAAGGGAUAAACAUGGACGAUGCCAUUCAAAUUUUGGAGUUGGUUGUGCAACUUGGGCUUGAUGACGGGUCUUUAACGACGCCACUACUGACCCGCCUUUCAAAGUCCAUCGUCGCCAUGACAACCGCCCACGUCAAGUCUCUCUGUGGGGUGUUAGUGGCGCUAAAGUCGCGUGACGUCCUUAUGUUUCGUGCGCUUCUAUCCCAUUUGUCACAACUUUCACCGGACCACGAUGGCAUCACCUCAGCCGCGCUAACCGCACGGAAGUUGAAGUUUGUCCCGUAUUUUCAGCAAUCUGCACUAACACAACACGUCACCUCGCUUGAGGGCUGGAGUUUGUCGGACGUCGUGUUGGUGGCGUGUGCAUGCAGCGAGAAGCAGCGUAAGGCCCUUCUGGCUCUACCAGGAGCAGAACUACUCUCCCGUGCACGUCCAGAGGAAUUGACGACGCUUGAUGUGUUCCUACUCCUUUCCAUUGCAGGCGAAGGGAAGGACCGGAGGGCAGUGAUGGCGGCAACGCUCAGGUCGCGUCCUCCCCUUUUGGCGGGAGAGUUGGAGUUGGAAGAUGUGUGGCGGGCUUUUUUGAAGGUUGUGGAUGACAAGGAGGCCGCCGCCGCGGUGUGUCGCUCCGGUGCCGCCACGAUGCAAACCCUGGAUGAGAACAUGCUAAUGCGCAUUCUCGAGGCGGCGUCAAACGCGCCGGAACUUCCGAACGUCUUUUUUAGGGUGGUAGGAAAAAAUGUCCUACGGCUUGCCAGCAGCAUGGCCGUUGAGAAUGCAUUGCGGUGGCUGCAGCUGUACGUUCGGUACGGGAUUCGAGACGACAGUGUGGGUAAGGCCCUCCUAUCCAAGGUGCGAACACGCAGCAGCAACGCUGCAGCCCUUGUUGAUAAGACGCUCCAAAAGGCAUCCACCAUGUACGGGAAGACCUACACAACACAAAAUAAGUUAAAGAAGAACAAAGAGAGGGUUGAGUGGUAUUCUUUCCGUCCAGCUUAA